CCCGAAGGAAGUUUAGGAAAGUUAAAAGCAGUUAAAAGAAAGUUGAAAUUAUUGGCGAAAAAAGUCAAUUUUUAUUGUUAAUUAUUAAUGAUUAAUUAAUUAAUUGCAAAAAAAUAAGAAGCGAUGUCGCAAAAUUGGAAUGGACAUUGGGUUGAAGAAAAUUACAAACCCUCGAGAUUGAGAAAUUGGGAGGUUCCCAAUUGGCAUCCAGAAUGGCCUGAUAGACACUGUAAAACAACUACUUUUCAAUGCGAUAAUAAUGGACAUUUAUUGGCCCAUAUCAAAAAGACAAACCGUUCUCGAGAAUAUUUCAAAACAACAUGGGAACUACCGAAAAAAAUUGACAGACGUCUAGCCGAAGAAUUAUCAGCACCACCAAAAUACAAAAAGCGUGCUUGGGAAGUCCACAAAGCCAAUCAUCGUGCCGCAUGCGCUGAUUCUUCAAAAGAAGAAUUAAAAUCAGAAAAAAUCCCAAAACCAAAACUAACAUCCGAAUUAGACCACACAAUUGAUUUUAAAUCUGAGCACAAAAAUUCCGAAUCUCAAAUUUUUCAUUCAAAAUCAAAAUCGGAAUUUUCUCGAGAGGAGGAGAAAAUAAAUAAGGUCGCGUGUCUUUUGCAUCAAACUUGUAAAAUAUAAGAAUCG